AUGGACAACACACCUGAUACGCGUGUGAGUAUUUCCGAACCCGAUAUAGUACAAGAAGAUGAAGUCAAAUCACUUGACGAAAUAGAUACUAGCUAUGAUUUGGUAGCAAUAUCACCAAGUGCAAAAUAUAUUGUUCGGUAUAGUCAUAAUGACAAACAAAUUGUCGGAUGGAAUAUUCAAGACAACAAAGAAGGAAAAUUAGAUGAUACAGUUAAACCAUAUUGCGUUGAAAAUAAGAUUAACAAGUUGUGUGUCUCUGACGAAAAAAUUGUUGCGAUUGAUGAUGGUGACAGUUUUAAAAUAAUUGAUAUGAAUAAUCAGGAUCGAAUAAUAAAAUUAGAUUUAGUGCUUGAUAGGAUAUUAUCAUUUAACUUUAAUUCGAAAGGGGAGUUCAUCAUAACAUUUUGUAAAAAGCAUACAGAAGAUUAUUAUAUUUUGUUUUAUUCGGUACAAACUAAAGAUAACAAAUGGAAGUGUCAAAAGAUUUAUAAAUACCCUACAAAAAAUGCGGAGUUAAUAAGUAUAUCAAUAUAUGAUAAAAUUUGGAUACGUAUGGGGAACCACAUAAAUGAAUGUAAUAUUGACACUGGUAGAACUAAAAUUAUUUACAAAAAUUUAUUCGGGAUUAAAACCGAAGAUAUUAGAAUUUCUAGUAGUAAUGAGUUUACUUUUUUAAAAAUAAAUGAUGAAAUUAUUGUUUAUUCAGAUGAAUAUGAAAUUCCUAUUGCGUUAUUAGAUUCAAAUGAUGGCAUACGACUAUAUGAAUUUAUGAAACAACAUAUUGGCUUACAUUCUUUGUUACUCUCUUUAUUUGAUUAUAAGUCGAAUAAUAAAACUUGGAUUUCUUGCUUAAAUCAAAUAACGAAAGAUUCGUUAUUAAGGACCAAUAAAACUUUAUUAGAUCAACUAACGAAAGAUAAUUCUCUAAUAAAGAAGGAUUUACCACUUUUAUUUUUUCAGAACCAUCUAUUUGUAAUCGUAAAUGAUUCCGUUCUGAAAAUUGAAAUUAAAUUGGAUUUAGAUAUUAAUUCUUUAUCAGAGGAAUUAAAAAUUUAUGAAGAUGUAGAAAAUUGGAUGGCAUAUUUCGGAAGCGAAAAGGUUGAAGAAGAAAGUAUUAUCGACCAUUUUGAAUAUGUAAAUCCGUUUAUUCCAAAUAUUAAGGUUGAUCUAACUGACUUUUUUAGUUAUUUAAGUAAACAAUCUAAAUCAAAGAAUAUUAAAGUAAAGGUUGAUACAAGAAAUGAAAUUAUCGGAUUAUGUGUUUAUAAAAAGUGUGAUGAUGAAUUGGAUUGGAAUUUAGUUGCAGAAUAUUUUCAAAAGAUUAAAUAUGAAAAAGAAGACUUAGCUAUAAAUGAAGUCGAGAUAUUUGAAAAUAAUGAUAUAGCCAUAUUAACUAAUAUUGGCAUUUUUAUUUUCAAGUUAAAAGACGAUGAAAUUUCAUUAAAAUAUUUUCAUUAUAUACACUAUCCAAAGGAAAAUGUUAUCAAAAACAUUCUCGGAAUAUCAGAAUCGUAUGAUGAUAAGAAAAUAUUAAAGGGAUGGGUCUCAUACUUAAACAGUGAUAAAAUGGGUUUUUUAAAAAAUGGUUCUGAAUUAUUAAAAUUAGCAAUUCAUGUGCAUGACUUAAAAUUAAUAUCUGAUAUUCAUAAGAAAUGUUUAAAUUAUUUUAAACAAGAUUUAGAAAACAAUAAGAAUUUUUUGAGUAUAUUUACUAUGUCAAUGCCAUUAUUGAAGAAAUAUUAUCCCGAAUAUCUUACAAGAUAUACAUUAGAUACAAACAUGAUAAUAGAUUCUUUGGAUUAUAAAGUAGAACAAAUGGAUCAUAUAUAUAUCUGUCCUUUUUCUAUGAAUAUUGAAGUUAUAAAUUUAACGCGAUCUAUCUGCCAUUAUCGUGCUGAUGUCGAUGAAGUGCGUAGCAGGGUUUAUCAACUUAUUAAGGAUAAUGAAUGGGGAUCUGAUGAAUUUCCAGAGAUGAAUGAAAAUCUAUUAAAAAUACUAAAUAUUCAGAAAUAA